CAUCUAUCAAUGGCUAAAGACUAAAUUAGCGUAAUGAGUAAGCGUUCAAUCGAACAUAAGUUGCUUUAAUUUGCAGUUUUCAAUUAAAUUUCAUUUACAACUUCCAAUUAAAGUUUUGAUUAUUUAUUUGUUUAUUUGAUUAUUUGUUUAUUCAAUUUGUUUCGAUUGUCAAUUUAUUGUUUUGUUUCAAUUGGAGUUUGAAAUUUAUAAAAUUGAUUUACAAUGGAAGAAGAAAUCACCCAAUCAGCGGAAUGUUUCGAGCAAACUCAAAGAACCAAUUAUUCAAGUCAAUCAAGUGUACCAAGCUCCGAAUUUGAAGAUGACAUGACAAUAGACGAUAUACUUGGAAGUUUUUUACACUCGGUGGAGAUCUGUGAACAAUCUAGCGAGGACCAGGAAAAAUUUCUUGAUAAAAUUUUAGCUUCCCAAGAACCGUCAGAGCCCGAUUGCUUGCGCCAAUUACAACUAUUUAUUGAAAGAGAAAGUUAUAAAGUGAUUGAUCUCACAGAAUCGGAUUCAAACGGGGAACCGUGGCAAAAAACAGAACAGUGGCCAAACGAGGAACAGUGGCAAAACGUGGCAGAUGAAUUUAAGAUAAAGUUGGAAGCUAAAGAAGAACCGAAAGAUAUUGAAGAUUUUGAAUUAUUCAAGAAACCAUCUUCUUCAAAAUCAAAAAUUAAGAGGGAAAUGAGUGAAGAGGAAAGACACAGAGAAAAGAGCAAAAGAAAGUACAGGGAAAGAGCUUAUUAUAAAGAAAGAAAGAUAAAAUUAUUGCCAAAAAAGUUUAACUUACGCCCAAGAGCCAAUCACUAUUGGAACGAAGAAAAUAUUCUUUAUAUUAAAACGCAAGAAAAUAUAUAUUCUUACUGGGAGACGCAUAAAAAAUCUAAAACCCCAUGUUUCAGACAGCAUAAAAAAGAGUCUAAAUAAUGAUCUAAGAGAACAUCUAAAAAGAAGUUUAAAAAAAAGUUCAAUAAAAGUUUCAUUUCAUA